UUUUGUAACCCCAUCUGGUCACACUGUACCCAAGAAACGGAAUGGAGCAAUGGAGUCCCAUUUAUUUUUAGUUUUUCUAUUGUCGUUUUCAAUAUACAAAAAUGCAAAAGCUGAAAUCAGCGAUCAUUUGUUGGAGGACAAUCAGGAUAUAGACAUGGAGCCCUCCGCCCAUCCCAAUGGCAAAGAGUUUCCGUCCGUUCCACAGAACUCGGUGCAGACGCAUCCCAGGAGACACAUUAAGAGUAAGCGCCGCAUGAAAAGAAGAUACAAGUGCUAUUCCUGCGAGCCGCCUUGUCUGGAUCCGUAUGAAUUUUCCCACACCUGCCAGAAUGCCAUUCAGUGCUGGAAAUCACGCACCCGCAACGCCGAUGGACAGGAACACGUGUCUCGCGGAUGCAGCACCUCGCCGGAACAACUGCCUCUGAUCUGCAGCCAGAACUCGCUCAAGCUCAAUGGGCCCAGCAAGCGCAAUACGGCCAAGUUCGUCAAUGUGGCUUGUUGUGCCGGCGACUACUGCAACAGUGGAGAGUUCCCCGAAUUGCUGCCUUUCGCUAGUAAUGAUGUGACGGUAAUAACGGCCGAUACCAGUAGUAUAAGCAAGAUGGCGGCCGCCAUUCUGGGUCCCUUUCUAGUAAUCACGCUGUUGGGAGCCGUGGCCAUUUUCUUUAUCCGUCGCAGCCAUCGCAAACGCCUUGUUGCCUCGCGCACCAAACAAGAUCCGGAGGCGUAUCUGGUCAAUGAUGAGUUGCUGCGCGCUACCAGCGCCGGUGACAGUACGUUGAGGGAAUACCUCCAGCACUCUGUAACCUCGGGAUCGGGCAGUGGACUGCCCCUGCUGGUACAGCGAACUCUGGCCAAACAGGUCACAUUGAUCGAGUGCAUAGGACGGGGUAAAUACGGCGAGGUGUGGCGCGGUCACUGGCACGGCGAGAGCAUCGCCGUCAAAAUAUUCUUCAGUCGCGACGAAGAGUCCUGGAAGCGGGAGACGGAGAUCUACAGCACUGUUUUGCUCCGCCAUGAAAACAUACUCGGCUUUAUUGGCUCUGACAUGACGUCGCGCAACUCGUGCACCCAACUUUGGCUAAUGACGCACUACUACCCACUGGGCUCGCUCUUCGAUCACCUGAACCGCAACGCUCUGAGCCACAACGACAUGGUAUGGAUUUGCCUAUCGAUAGCCAAUGGACUGGUGCACCUGCACACGGAGAUAUUCGGCAAGCAAGGAAAGCCUGCAAUGGCUCAUCGCGAUUUGAAGUCUAAAAAUAUUCUGGUCACCUCAAACGGGUCCUGCGUGAUAGCCGAUUUUGGAUUGGCCGUCACUCAUUCGCAUGUCACAGGACAACUGGAUCUAGGCAACAAUCCCAAGGUGGGCACUAAGCGCUACAUGGCUCCUGAGGUUCUGGAUGAGAGCAUUGAUUUGGAAUGCUUCGAGGCACUGCGCCGCACGGAUAUUUACGCUUUUGGACUGGUACUGUGGGAGGUUUGUCGACGCACUAUCUCGUGCGGCAUCGCCGAGGAGUACAAGGUUCCCUUCUACGAUGUGGUGCCCAUGGAUCCCAGCUUUGAAGACAUGCGCAAGGUGGUCUGCAUUGACAACUACAGGCCCUCCAUUCCAAAUCGCUGGAGCUCAGAUUCGUUACUGGCUGGCAUGUCCAAGCUCAUGAAGGAGUGCUGGCACCAAAACCCCAACGUGCGCUUGCCAGCGCUGCGCAUCAAAAAGACUAUACAUAAACUAGCUUCCGCUGACGAGAAGAUACGCCUUGACUUUGACGAGGUCUGCGUUUAGUGGUUGUAGACGAGCCUUAGCUAUAAGCAAUAAUUUAGUUUACCGUCUAGCUAGUUUAAGAUUCAUUCAUUGACAUUUUCCCUUGCAUUUUCAUACUAUCAGUCAGUACAUGUAUUAUUCAGAGUUAAGCCCACGUGUUGAAUGAGGAACUAAGCCAAGUACAAGACCCUUGACAGUUUCUAACUAGAAGACUAUAACUUAUUUGCAAUGCAAAUUUUGAAUUGUUUGGAUUGACUUUAUCGUUUCCAUUUCACCGCGAACUAAGCUCGACUAGAAUGCCUUUGAAAUUGCCUUAAAUUAAAUUUAGCAGCAACUAUAUAUAUUCUUGGGAUAUCAUCCUGUAUAGUUAUCAUUUCACUAUUAACCAUUGUUCAUCGUUCAUCAAGUGCCAUUUGCAAUUGAGAAUUGUAAGCGCGUUAACUGUAAGCUCACUCUUUGAACUCUACACUAAAUUCUUCACCCUAGAACUUGUCCAUGCUAUGAUAGAACCAUAAGCCACACCACCAACUGACUUGCUCUCCUAGUUAGUUGUUUAGCACUAAGUUCCCCACGCAUAGAAGCAUACACACCUACUUGUAUAUUGUACAAAUUACAAGCUAUUUAAGUUUUGUAUAGUCUAAACGAAAUGAAAUACACGAAUAAGCAUUAAGCAUUA